AUGGGCGUGGUUGGCAAUGCGCGACAGUUCCUCUCCGGGACGAAGAAGGAUUCUGCGUCGAAGCCUCCCUACCUGCUCCCACUCCGCUCCUCGACGACAUUGAUAGUACUUACUGUGAAUCUGGCCAUCUUCACCGACAUCUUCUAUUACGCCCUAGUAAUCCCAGUCAUCCCCUUCUCCCUCACCGUCCAAGUCGGCAUUCCAGAGGACCAAGUCCAGCACUGGACGUCAAUCCUGCUAGCCUGCUACAGCGUCGCCCUGUUCAUCGGCAGUCCCAUCGCGGGGCUGUACGCAGACCACACAUCGUCGAGGCGAUGGCCGCUCCUCAUCGGCCUGGUAGCGCUCGCCGCAUCAACGCUGUUACUAUGCUUCGGCAACUCAAUAGGCUUGUUGGUCUUGGGUAGGAUCCUCCAGGGGUUCAGCGCAUCCGUCGUCUGGAGUGUCGGCUGCGCGCUACUCGUCGAUACCAUGGACAGCGCCGUGGGUGUGGCGAUGGGCUAUGUCAUGACCUCUAUGAGUGUCGGUCUCCUAAUUGCACCUGUCAUCGGCGGCGCUGUCUACGGUGCUGUGGGCUAUUAUCCUGUUUAUUACAUCGCGUUUGGCAUCGUCGCUGUUGACGUUUUGCUAAGGCUGUUCAUGAUCGAGAAGAAGGUCGCGAGACAGUGGAUCAGGGAGGAGGAGCCCAGCCCCUCGGAAACCGAAAAGCCUUCGCGCGACGUCGAGAAGGCAGUCUCUACGAUAGGGUCGCGCACAGAGGACGCGCCGCAAGAUGCCGUCGCGGCCUCGGUAGUAGCAGGCAGUGCCCAGACUCGACAGCCCAAGACAGGACCAGAGCCUGAAAAGGCGGCAGAUAUCCCUCAACAGGACUCCAGGGACCCUUCACCGGUACCUCAGAGCCCUGCCAAACCCCGCCCACUCGUCGUGCUCCUCAAGUCACCAAGGCUGCUCGCCGCCCUCUACGGCGUGGUAGUCCAAGCUGGCAUCAUGAUGGGGUUCGACGCCGUGCUAGCCCUGUUCGUGCAGCGCACAUUCCACUGGAACUCCACCGCCGCUGGAAUCCUCUUCCUAGCAAUCUUCCUUCCGGGCUUCGUCUCGCCGCUCGUCGGCUGGCUCUCCGACAAGUACGGCGCCAAAUGGCCGUCGUUCGCCGGGUUCUGCUUUACGGUGCCCCUCCUCGUCUGUCUGCGCUUCGUCACCGAGAGCACCAUCGGGCACAAGGUCCUCCUCGGCUUCCUCCUGGGUCUCCUCGGUACGGCGCUCGCGUUCUCGAAUACCCCUCUCAUGGCCGAGAUCAGUUAUGUUAUUGAGGAGAAGGCUGCCGAGAACCCGGGGGUCUUUGGCGAGAAGGGCGUCUAUGGGCUUGGGUAUGGUCUCUUCACCAUGGCGUUCGCGCUGGGAGGCACGAUCGGACCGCUGUGGGCUGGGUAUGUUGUCGCUUCCGCGGGGUGGGGUACCAUGACUUGGAGCUUCGCGGUCUGGGCGGCUUCGGGUGCGGUGGUCAUCGUUGUAUGGCUGGGUGGGCAAGUUAAGAAGCCUGAGAAGCCACCAGUAGGCCCACGGGAGAGCGGGUGA